AUGACGGAUGCUUUCCCCGCCGCCCUGACAGGGCCAACCUCCAAGGAGCGCAAAUAUGAUCGUCAACUCCGUCUGUGGGCGGCAACUGGUCAACAAGCGCUUGAGGAUUCCCGCGUAUUGCUGGUGAACUCCGAUGGCCCCCUCGGUCAGCACAACACCGGUGUCUCAGGUGUUGCGGGCGUUGAAACCCUCAAGAACCUUGUACUGCCUGGAAUUGGUGGUUUCACCAUCGUGGACCCAGCAGUGGUUACCGAAUCCGAUCUGGGCGUGAAUUUCUUCUUAGAAGAAGAUUCCUUGGGCAAAUCCCGUGCCGAGGAAACCUGCCGUUUACUCAAAGAAUUGAAUCCAGAUGUGCAGGGACAUUACUACGCUAAGCGCGUCGAGGAUCUCCUCUCAGACCCUCAAUUCUUGCCUCAGCAUAAGCUGGUCAUCAUCUCUGGUCCAAUUAGACGUUCAACACUGGCUCCUCUGACCCAGGAGGCAAAGCAACUUGGUAUCCCCGUGCUGUACCUGCAUUCAGUCGGGUUUUUCUCCACCUUCUCCGUGCAAUUGCCGGCUGAAUUUCCCAUUGUCGAGACACACCCGGAUCCAGAGUCAACCCAGGACCUGCGUCUGCUAAGCCCGUGGCCCGAGCUAGUUGCCGCCGCAGCGAAAUUAGAGAACCUAGAAACCAUGGAUGACCACGAGCAUGGCCAUGUGCCUUAUCUUCUUCUCCUGCUGCACUUCCUAGAGCAAUGGAAGCAUUCUCACCAGGGCAAUGCCCCAAGCAACUACAAAGAGAAGACCGAAUUCCGCGAAUUCGUGCGGUCCCAGGCACGAACCUCCAACCCAGAAGGCGGGGAAGAGAACUUCGACGAAGCAGUCGCUGCUGUACUGAAGACAAUCACACCAUUCAGUCUCCGCAGCUCAAUUCGCGAGAUCUUCGAGAUGAACGAAUGCCAACAGCUGACCGCAUCAUCGCAAAAUUUCUGGCUCAUCGCGUCAGCCAUCAAAACCUUCCACGCCACCCACGGCGUCCUCCCUCUCCCAGGCUCCCUCCCAGACAUGAAAGCCCAAUCCGCAGACUACGUCUCCAUACAAAACAUCUACAAAGCCAAAGCGCGAAAAGACCUAUCCGAAGUGACAGCCACAGUCCGCCAGCUCGAGACCCAGCUCAACCGCCAAUCCGCAAUCCCAGACCGCGAAAUCGAAGUCUUCUGCAAGAAUGCCGCACACAUCAAGGUCGUGCGAGGCCGCGAAAUCCCCCAGAUAAGCAUCGACAGCGACGCGUCAACGCUAAACACCAUCCGCAACGAGCUCAACACGCCCGACUCCCUGAUCCCGAUCUUCGUCGCCAUGCAGAUUCUGGACUCCGUCGUCGACGAGAUCCAGACUAGCAGCCUGGAAGAGGAGCGCUCUGUGGAUGACGAUGGACUGUGGAAUAGCCACACGGAACGCAUUCUCGCGCUGCUGACGGGCGCAGACGGGGCUGCUGUUGGGCCAGAAGCGCGGGCGCAGAUCGCCCGGGCGACUAAGGAGCUGAGGAGGGCUGAGGGGGGCGAGUUGCAUAAUGUUUCUUCGUUGACGGGGGGUCUGGUUGCGCAGGAGGCUUUGAAGGUGUUGACUAGACAGUAUGGUCCGCUGGAUAAUACUUGUGUUUUUGAUGGGGCCCGGAGCAGGAGUCAGAUGUAUAGGCUGUGA